AGAUUCCAAUCCAUCACCACGCUGGUUUUUGCAAGGCUUGCCUUCUGCUUCUUCCAAGAAUAACCAUUUUCUAAAGAUACACUCUAACAAGGGGAAAAAAAACAUUUUUUUUUCUCUCUAGAACCAAAAAUCUCUGUUCUGUUCUCUCUCUCUCUCUCUGGCGAUUCUUUAUGGCCCUGGAUUUCAAAAUCCAUUCUUGUUGUUUCUUUCUUCUCUCUGGGGAGAUUUUUAUGAAGCGUCGGGUUUAAUUCGAAGCUUAUCUUUUUGGUUGAACCCCAGAAGAAAAGAAAUUUGGGGGAUAUGGCUGUUGAAGAGAAGGAGAUUCACGACAAAGGAAGCCGGGAAAAACCAGAGGUAGAACUGAAGAGGAACGAGUUAGGACUCGAUGAUCCAUCGCCGAGAUGCGUGCUCGAAAUCCCCGUUCUGGGUUCAGAUUCCGACAACAGCAGCAGUUGCAGCUCGUGCUCCCCCGACAAAUCAUCCUCAUCCGCGUCGACUCCGAGAGGCGUUUCAGCGAUUCAGCAUCACGGCCUUCAAUGGAACAAAAUGAUCGAGAACAUCAAGAAGAAAUCAAUGAGGCGAUUCUCAGUCAUUCCCCUGCUCGCAAGCUACGAGCUUUCCAGGAAAAACUUCCGGAAGAAGCUACCGAAGGACCCUCCGUCUGAUUACAACGUCAGCUGCGACCACUUCCUCGUAGCCAAGCCCUCCUGGCGCAACUUCUCCUACGACGAGCUCGCCGCCGCCACCGACGAUUUCAAUCCCGAGAACAUGAUCGGGAAGGGAGGCCACGCAGAAGUGUACAAGGGAACGUUGCCGGACGGGGAGAUAGUGGCGAUAAAGAAGCUGAAGAGCAAUGCCAAGGUGGAAGAAGAGAAAGUAAGCAAUUUCUUGUCGGAGCUUGGAAUAAUCGCGCACGUCAACCACCCAAACGCAGCUCACCUUCGUGGUUUCAGCACCGAUCGUGGUUUACAUUUCGUCCUCGAAUACUCUCCCCAUGGCAGUCUCGCUUCUUGGCUCUUCGGGUCUGGCGAGAGUCUUGAAUGGAAGAUAAGGUAUAAGGUGGCUAUUGGAAUAGCUGAUGGUCUGAGUUAUCUUCAUCAUGAAUGUCCCCGACGGAUUAUUCACCGUGACAUCAAAGCUUCUAAUAUAUUGCUCACCCGAGAUUAUGAAGCUCAGAUUUCUGAUUUCGGACUGGCCAAGUGGUUGCCGGAAAACUGGCCUCAUCAUGUUGUAUUCCCCAUCGAGGGCACGUUCGGGUAUCUGGCUCCAGAAUAUUUCAUGCACGGCAUUGUUGAUGAGAAAACCGACGUGUUUGCGUUUGGGGUGCUGCUUCUGGAGAUCAUAACUGGUCGGCGUGCUGUCGAUACAGCAAGCAGGCAAAGCCUCGUGAUAUGGGCCAAACCUCUUCUGGAGAAGAACAGUGUGAGGGAAAUAGUGGAUACUCGGCUAGGAGAUAACUUUGACUCCAUGGAGAUGAAACGGGUGAUGUUAACGGCGUCAAUAUGCAUACAUCAUAUAGCCACAAUGCGUCCAAACAUGACCCGGGUGGUGCAGCUGUUGCAGGGAGAAGAUGGGCCGGCGGAACUGCAAAAGUCGGGCGGGGGUAGAGCGGUGAGCCUUGAUGGAUGCUAUCUUCAUGAUUACACAUGCGCCGCUUACCUCAACGAACUCACCCGUCAUCGUCAGCUCGUGAUGGAGUGACUGAUUUAGCUGAUACACACUACAAAACAACGGUGUCAAAGCCCCCACAGUUCAAGAAAACAAAACAAAACAAAAAAGAAGCUUGUUUUCUUCUGUUCUGUCUCUUCCAUCGUCUUGGCGCUUAAGAUAUUGUCCUGUGCUCACUUCUUUCCCUUGUAAAAAAAAAAUCUUUCCUCGCGUUUUCAACCCCGCAAUGUGAAAAUCCCCAAAGAAGAACGUGUUUGUGUAUUGGGCUCUCGUGUGAAUGUAAUGCCAAAGUUGAGCUCCUCCUUUGUCUCCACCA